AUGAAGUCGGCUGCAAGCUCGCGCGGGGGCGGUGGGGGAGGCCGCGGGGGUGGCAGCUGGGGCGGCUGGAGCGGAGGCCGAGGCGGAGGCGGCGGCGGCGGCGGCGGCGGCGGCGGCGGCGGCGGCGGCCCGGGGGGCAAGGGCGGCUUCGGGGCACGGGCGCGCGGCUUCGGCGGGGGUGGCCGGGGCCGGGGGCGCGGCGGCGGGGACUGCAGGGAUCGCGGCGGCGGCGGGCAGCGGCGGGGCGGAGUGGCCAAGAGCAGGAGCCGCCGCAGGAAGGGCGCCAUGGUGGUGUCGGUGGAGCCGCACCGGCACGAGGGCGUCUUCAUCUACCGCGGGGCGGAGGACGCGCUGGUCACGCUGAACAUGGUUCCCGGCCUGUCGGUGUACGGCGAGAGGCGCGUCACGGUGACCGAGGGCGGCGUGAAGCAGGAGUACCGCACGUGGAACCCGUUCCGCUCCAAGCUGGCCGCGGCCAUCCUGGGCGGGGUGGACCAGAUCCACAUCAAGCCCAAGUCCAAGGUGCUGUACCUGGGCGCCGCGUCGGGCACCACCGUCUCCCACGUCUCCGACAUCAUUGGCCCGGACGGCCUGGUCUACGCCGUCGAGUUCUCCCACCGCGCAGGCCGCGAUCUGGUCAACGUGGCCAAGAAGCGCACCAACAUCAUCCCGGUCCUGGAGGACGCGCGGCACCCGCUCAAGUACCGCAUGCUCAUCGGGAUGGUGGACGUGAUCUUCGCCGACGUGGCCCAGCCCGACCAGUCCCGCAUCGUGGCCCUGAACGCCCACACCUUCCUGCGCAACGGGGGCCACUUUCUCAUCUCCAUCAAGGCCAACUGCAUCGACUCCACUGCAUCCGCCGAGGCUGUGUUUGCUUCUGAGGUGAGGAAGUUGCAGCAGGAGAACUUGAAGCCUCAAGAGCAGCUGACCCUGGAGCCUUAUGAGAGGGACCACGCCGUGGUGGUCGGAGUCUACCGGCCUCUUCCCAAGAGCAGCAACAAGUAGCACCCAGCUGAGGCCCGCCUGCCAUCUCCCCAAGCCUGUGUUGUGUUUGCUGUUAUUUUCUAUGUGUUUUCUUUGUGCGUGUUUUCUUCUGUUGUUUUUCUAUUAAACUGCGUAAAGAAACGG